AGAGUUAUCGGGCCCGCUGGAAGGAGAUUUCUAUCUUCCAGUCCACCGGUCCCAUCCCGUCCCAUUGAAAUCCAGCCGAGGGAGUCCACCUGACCCUGAUCGCGCUACGGGGUGGUUCCUAGGGCCAGGAAACCCGCCAUUAGCGACCGUCCCCGUGGCAGCCAUGGUUCGGCGUCAGUUCUGACCCGGCCCGCCUGUCCACGGUUGCAGAAGUGCUUUUUGGACUGGCCUCUGCUGGAUCUGCGGGUCUUCGCGAGACGUCCUCCGAAGCGCUGCCGCCCCGGCACCUUCACUCUGGCUCUGCCCGUCGCUAUACAGGCCUCAGUGUUCCGGAAUCACGGCAUCUCCGGAGUCCGCAGAUGUCCUUCAGAGCAGCCUGGAGCUUGGUGCUGAGAAAAGGAGGACUUGGAAUUCGAGGGAUCCACAGCCCAGGAAGCACUGCCCACGGCAAGGAGAAGAUGUCUCCUUACACCAACUACCACGCCCAGCGCUCCUACCCCAUGCCAGACGAGCCCUUCUGUGCAGAGCUCAACGCCGAGCAGCAGGCCCUGAAGGAGAAGGAGAAGGGCAGCUGGACCCAGCUGAGCCAAGCCGAGAAGGUGGCCUUGUACCAGCUUCAGUUCCACCAGUCCUUCGCGGAGAUGAACCGUCGCUCCAACGAAUGGAAGACAAUCAUGGGCUGUGUCUUCUUCUUCUUUGGAUUCACAGGUCUGAUGAUCUGGUGGCAGCGGGUCUUCGUGUUCCCUAAGAAGCCCAUCACCCUGACGGACGAGUGGAAGGCCCAGCAGCUCCAGCGCAUCCUGGACAUGAAGGGCAACCCUGUGCAAGGCCUGGCCUCCCGGUGGGACUAUGAGAGGAAAGAGUGGAAGAAGUGACCUGCUGUUCUCCCUGCGGCUACACCCCAGCCCCCUCCCCUGCCCUCCCCUUAAUCCCAAUAAAGCUGGCCUGCUCUCAUCUGCC